AUGAUCGAACACUUCACGAACAUGCUUCUAAAUCCUUUUUUGGUACGAAGACGAGAACACACAUUUCGCAAGGUUCGCAAGGUACAAGAAAAGCGCUUUUUCACUGGCCAGCAUCCUGCUCUAUCGGGUCGUAACAAGUUUUGGAAGGAGUACGCUGAGUAUCUAUUGCGUGGAGAAACUGGUGGACGCUUCGUGUCGUCCUACUUCCCUGAAGCAUUGGUCUCUAUUACAGAGGGGCUGUUCGCAUUGGCGGUGUUGGACCUCGGCAACGAAUCCAAGCCUACUCAAGUGCAGCUUUCUUCUUCUGCAGGCACCCACGUAACCCUUCGUUCCGCAAGCGAUGCUGUUCUUUAUCAUCGCAGUAUCAGACCUGCUGAGUGCACUCCGACAGCCAACAGUGUCUUGAUUUUGAAGCAACGUAUUCAAGAUGAGAAUGGAGACUUCAACACCGAGCUGCUUGUCAACAAGAUAUACACCACGGUCGUCACUUUGAGUAACAUCGGCUCGGAGCACCUCACGAAUGUCGAUUUACUGCUCCAGAUACCUCAAGGUGCUAUUCCCAUGGGAUCAAGUGGGUUCUACACCAAAAACGAGAUCGGAAGUGUGGCUCCGAAUCACACCAGCGAGUUUAAGUUCUCCUUCUACUUCCCUGAAGUCGGAACUUUUGCUCAGUAUCCAGCACGAGCUUCACUUGAGGGUCUGGUCAUCGCAUGGGCGAAAAUGCAAGACGAUGCAGCAACCUGUAAGGUAGUUCACAGUGCCUCCCGCGUCAAUUUGGCUUCCUGGAGUGACGUAAGUGCCCGAGGUUCGCUGGAAGAAGUCACGCAGUUCAUGGAAUCAACAAAACCUGGUGUGACGAUUGACUACCAAAAGCUGUACUGGCGGUGCCAUGACCAAACCUUUUACCGUGGGAUUUUGGAUUAUCUAAGACGCAGAAUGGCUUUCGUGUCUGGCAUCUGGAAAUAUGGGCUACUUCACAGCGAUGGGCUAGCAAUACGCGAGUAUUUCGCUGGAUCGAAUGAAGUAACGCAGUCCGUGGGAAGUGGGUUUUGCUCGUCGUUUGUAGAUGAGAGACGGUUGUACCACACGGAUCGAUUUGUAUCCGAUCUGGAACGCUUCGACCACUGUGAAUUUGGUCCCUUCUUAACGAGGCGUGUGCAUCCUGUGACAGGCCGAGUGAAUGCUCAGCUUACGUUCGGUGAGGCAGCUAAAACAGCGGGCAAACGCAUCUUGAAUUCCGAAGCGCGUCAGUACUUUGGAGAUCUUUGCCAGAGGCUGGGGACGCAUACUCGAAUGACUGGCCAGCAUCUGCUUGUGAUGGCGUACUAUAUGAUUCUGUUCGAUCGUAUUGAGGAUGCCAUCAUGGUUUUCAGUCGACUGGAAAGCUGUUCUGAUGUCGAGGCUGUCGAGCUGAAGGCAACAGUGCAAUAUUCCUACUUGAUAGCCUUCCUCGAUUUUUUCCGCAGCAACGAUCAGCAAGAACCGACGUUUCCGGUUGCUCGGCGAGUGGUUGCAAGCUAUAUCACGCACCCGCAGCCUCGAUGGCGCCAACGAUUCAUGAGAAUUCAAGAGUUUCUGGAAGAGUACGACGCUUUUGAGGAACAGAGUCUGCGCCAACAGCAGGAUAUGGAAAUGAUUGAUGCUACCAUGGAAGGAGACCAGUUGAAUCGUGACGAUGCCGCGAGCACCCGUGGUAGCCAGAUCAAGCUCGAAGCAAGUGUGAGUGAAGGUGCUGUGGUGUUGCUAUCGCAGUGUCUUGGACAGUGCGAGCUCGCAUUCUACCCGAUUGACGUGGAGCUGAUGUUCUCGACGGAGCCGUUUAACACGUUUUCCGACUCUGCAGCGUCAGCUUCAAGCAUUCUAUUAGUCGAGCCUCGACAACACCUUUCUGUGGAUCUCAAUGCUACCGCUACGGACGCUGGUAUGGCGAAGACGGUUGUGCAGAUCCCAGAUCAGUUGAAUGGAGUGCAGAUGAUGGUCAGAGUUCGCGAGAUUCCGGCUUCUCGCACGGUGAAAAGCGUGGCUCCACCUACCAACGUCAUCGUUCCGUAUUUCAACUCAAGCUUGAAGGUCGAUAUCAUGACGCAAUGUGGCGUACUGCAAGUUCUACGUGGUGGUCUACCAGUGCGUUCGUGCUACGUGAAGGUGUACGCCAAGGUGUCUACGGGGGAUGGGCGAACCAAGACUGAGUUUUACAAAGAUGGCUACACCGAUCUACUGGGCAAGUUUGACUACGUGGGUACUAAUGGAGAUCUCAUUUCCAACGUCGAGAAGUUCUCCAUCCUCAUCUCUCACGAAAAGUUCGGUGCCAAGGUGGAACAAGCUGAUCCCCCAGUACUUGCAACCGCCAUCGGUGACUUCAGCAAUAAGGACGAGCACGAACUGCUACUCUAUUGAGGCGGCUCAAAGUUGUAACUACGUGUAGCUAUGCACUUUUGGCUUCUAGUGUAAAAACUGCAACAAACAAAAACAAAAAAUGAAUUCACUUGGAUACGCUA